AUGCGCUUCUCUAACAUUAUUUUCACUCUGGUUUCGGCGGCCACCAUUCUCGCUGCACCUGCACCUGAGCAGGACGAGUCUCUUAGCGACUCUGUCCUCGUCUGCACCUACACCGAGCAGUAUUUCAAGGGCGAGUUGGUCAAGAUCAGGGCCACCAGGGCUGUGGACGAUUAUCCAGACCAGGACGGUGGCACUGCUGUCUGCUCCAGCGUGAAGCCUAACUUCGCGUCCUCAAUUUCUUUGGCCAACUUGCAGCAUCCCGGUUGGGACGGUUUGCGCCCGUCUGCCUGCAAGCUCUACUCGCAAGUCGCUGCUCCUUGCCAUCGCGUUCCAAUAUAG